GCGCCGAACACAAACCACAUUCAGCUCGGGAGGAAUGGAGCAGCUGAAGAUCAUGAGAAUCCUGCAAAUCAUCUGUCUCUCUCUCUGGCUGGGAUAUAACAGCGUAAUCUCUGCAAAGGAUCCAAAUGUUACAGUCAAUGUAAAAUUUGUGUCUGAAUUAAAUGAGCAUUCUGGAUCGUGCUCCUGGACGCUGAGCAGCUCUGAAAACAGGACCACACUUAUAGUGAUGGAUGACAUUAGCAGGCUGUCCUCUGACAUCUGUCUGUCUCUGGGAUGUGGGGAUGAGUUUAAAAUCACAGCAACUGAUAAUGCAUAUAACAGUACCUGUCUCACAGGCUGUUCGUACAAUAACUCUAAACUCAGCUGCAGUGAAAGUGUGGGAAAUGUCUGCAAGGCGCUCACCAAGGUUGUUUGUGGUUCACCAUAUCUGACUCAGACUCGUUCAUGUUCCUGGACUAUCAAAUCUCCAGGCAGGGACUCAUCAGUGUUUGUGACUGAAGAUGUGCUUCACAGUUUGUCCAAUGACAUCUGCCAUAAGCUGGGCUGUGGAGAGCUCUACAAUCUUACCAAGAGCAGUGUGGGUUUCAGCGAGACCUGUUUAACAAACUGUGUUUAUCACGACUAUCAUUUAAAGAACUGCACUGAGAUUAAAAGCUCUAACUGCUCACUGCUUUCUGAACUUCAAUGCGGCAACGCUGCUGUCCGAUUGGUUGGGGGUGGUCACCGCUGUGGGGGUCGUGUAGAGGUGUGGCGGGGAUCCUGGGGCACAGUGUGUGAUGAUGGCUGGGAUGAAAAAGAUGCAGGUGUGGUGUGCGCACAGCUGGGCUGUGGGUACGCUGUGUCUGUCAGUGGAGAAGGUGUGCCGUAUGGUCAGGGAAGAGGCCCUAUACACCUGGAUGAAUUAAACUGCACUGGAAACGAGAGGAGCUUGUGGGAAUGUCCGGCAGUUUCACAAGGACACGACUGUGGACAUAAAGAGGAUGCAGGUGUGGUGUGCUCAGAGUACAAGUCUCUAAGACUGACGGGAGGUCUGGACCGUUGCUCUGGGAGAGUUGAAAUCCACCGCAAUGGCACAUGGGGGACAGUGUGUGACACAUGUUGGCAUAAGGAUGAAGCUGCAAUGGCCUGUGACAUGCUGAGUUGCGGGGCGCACAAAAACUUUACAGCCUUUGAUCCUCCUUUCACACAUAACAAUGAAACACACUGGUUUUUUUUGUGUAAUCGUGGUACCAAAAGCCUGUGGGAUUGUCCUGAAUUGAGUAACCACCCAUUUUUAUGCAAAGAUUCAAAGGCUGCUGGGUUGAUUUGUAACAACUCAAGAGGUAUGCCUGUUCCCAGUCCAGUGUCAACAUCAGCACCAGCGACCACAGUGACAAUGAAAAUAGAUGAUUCACAAGGAGGAUUCAACUAUUUCCCAUCUCCAGAACUUAUUGCGUGUUUCGUUUUGGGAUUGUUGCUUCUGAUUGCAGUAAUCACAAAUAUUAUCCUGUGUCACCACUAUCAAAAGAAGAAAGCCGUUGUGGUCCAGCAGAGAUUUGUAAACCUUCAGACUAUUCAAGAAGCAGAGGAAAAUAACUACAGAGAUUCUGUCCAUCUCACCAAAGUCACAAACAACUGCAGUGAUUCUGAAGUUCCCAUAAUCCCUCAGCAGCAUAUUUGGCCUCAGAGUAGCAUUGAAAGUGGAUCAUAUGAUACAGACUAUGAACAACAUGACUUCAGUCCAGAAACAGCUUUUCCGUUAUCCACUUUUCGAAAUUCAAUGCGGCAUAGUGCAGAUGGCAAAACUUCCACUGUAAAUGCCACAAACCUAAACAUUGUGACUGAGGAGGUGGACUCAUUUGAGGCAUCAUCCACUUCAUCAGAAGAAUGUUGUGAGACAGGAAUAAAUGAAAAGGACAUGGGCUCUCUGGAUUCUACUGAAUGCUAUGAGAAUACAGGACUAAUACCUGCAGAACUGGAUAAUGGAGGCAGCACUAGAGAGGACUCCCCGCUUUACUCCCCCGUAUGCUAUGAUAAUGAGCCUGUCUCCUCCGAAAGUGAAUAUGAUGACAUUGGCAACUAUCUACAGCAACCUUUACAAUGACAUUAGCUGGAGCACCGUAUAAACUAUGAUGCCACGAAAGCAACAUAACAGUCUGAAAUGUGUCCAAAAUGACCAUCCAGCACCUGAGAAUCAUUUUCAUAUUCUUUAGACAUUUCAAUGUCGUUUCUUCGUUCAUGCAAUCACACAUGCAUAUAGUUAAAGCUUUAUCAUAAUUGUUUCAGUAAGUUUAAUAAGUUUACAUACAUAAUGUACACAUGUAAAGAAAGACAAUUACAUAUAAUUACACAAGUGCUUUACUUCAUAAUGUUGUAGUUUAACCAAAACACUGAUGGAUAUGAAUGUUGAGUAUGUGUUUAUGUUUAAAACUGUUAAUAUGAAUGUUCAAAGUAAAAACUG